UGUCAACAAACCGCGCCAUGGCGUUCCUGGCACGAAUUUUCCGCCGGGGAAAUCACUUCGUUACCCUGAAACAGUACGAAAACGUUCAAGUGGCUCGUGGCAAUCCUCAAGAUCUUGUACAGAAGGUAACCGUAGCCGAAGGAGGCAACUGUUUCGUAGCUUGGCAUCCGAAGCCGGACUUUCCGUACGAGUUCAGCAAACCGAUUGAAGUAGCUGUACCGGAGCCGAGCGUAAACCUGGUCCGGGAUGACAUAAUCAACAGCAGCCGAGGAGCGCUGAAAGCAAAGCAUCCCGAUUUUGUGCGUCAAGAAUUGAGCAAAGUAACAUUCACGACAAAACACCGGUGGUUCCCGAGGGCACGUGAUAAGCGAGCGAAAAAGACUCCGAUGGAUCGACCAUACCUGUAGAGGGUGAUGCAUUUGCCGGCAUUUGUCUGCUUUCUCCCAAAACGUUAGUAUAAUAAAAGUGAAAUCAGUCAAGUAGAGUGUAUUCUCAU